AUGGGCGUUGCUACAUUCUUCUGUUUACUUGGUAUAUCUCUACCAGGUUGGGGUGGUGUUAAUGUUUUCGUCUAUCCAAAAUCAGCACCAGCAGCUCUAUGUGUUAUUUCCUUUCUUUUACUCAUCGGCUGUGUAGUCUUAGCAGUUAUUAUUUUAUUGGGCAUCGUACAGCAUAUACAUUUACCAUUAAUCUUUGUCGGAUUAUUAGUUAUUACAUCGAUCUUUCUUCUCGGAGCUUUCACAUCAGUCAAUAGUUCUAAUUCAUACAAUUAUGCCUACAAUUUAGUAAUCACAUCGUUUACAUUCACGUACCUUUCAUCUAUUCUAGCUACAUAUUGGUUAUUUGGUGCACGACAAGGCGGUAGCACAGUAGGACAAUCGAAGAAUCAAGCAUCUAAUCCCACAUUACAAAUAUCCUAA